AACUGCGAGAGAAGCGGAGAUUGAAGGAGAGCAGAGCGGCGACGGCCAUCUUAGAGCCACCACCGCGCAUCUUCUGGAUUUUAUUCUUGUUGUCGGUCAACCCUGCCAGCGAAACCGACUAGUAGGAGAGGAAGUUAGUGUUUUUCUCGGUUCAACUCGAAGUCGGGAUGCGGUUCCGAAGGAGUAAACGACUUGCAUCCUCCGUCCUCGGACUGGUCCUCGGGCUAUUCUGCGCCGUGGAGGCGGCUAAAGUGAAUAAGCACAAACCGUGGAUUGAGACAACGUACCAUGGGAUCAUAUCUGAGAAUGAUGACAAAGUUCUUUUGGACCCACCUCUAAUCGCACUGGACAAGGACGCACCUCUUCGCUAUGCAGAGAGUUUUGAGGUGACCCUCACUGAAGAAGGUGAGAUUUGCGGCUUCAGGAUCCAUGGACAGAAUGUUCCUUUCGAGGCCGUGGUUCUGGACAAGUCCACUGGUGAGGGGGUCAUCAGGGCCAAGGAGAAGCUGGAUUGCGAACUGCAGAAGGAGCACACGUUCACCAUUCAAGCUUAUGACUGCGGGGAGGGUCCUGAUGGAACCAACAUGAAGAAAUCCCACAAAGCUACCAUUCACAUUCAAGUGAAUGACCUGAAUGAGUAUUCCCCGGUUUUCAAAGAGAAGAACUACAAAGCCACUAUCAUCGAGGGGAAGAAAUACGACAGCAUCCUGAAGGUGGAGGCGGUGGAUGCGGACUGCUCAUUUCAGUUCAGCCAAAUCUGCAACUACGAGAUAGUAACCCCCGACGUGCCCUUCACAAUCGACAAAGACGGCUUCAUUAAGAACACAGAGAAACUCAGCUACGCUAAAGAGCGUAUGUACAAACUGACUGUGACGGCGUAUGACUGUGGAAAGAACCGAGCCUCUGAAGAUGUUCUGGUGAAGAUCAGCGUCAAGCCAACCUGCAAACCUAGCUGGCAAGGUUUUAAUAAAAGAAUUGAGUAUGAACCUGGCACAGGCAGUCUUGCCCUUUUCCCCAGUGUGCACCUGGAGACCUGCGAUGAGCCCAUCACCUCCAUUCGAGCAAACAUUGAACUGGAAACUAACCACAUUGGAAAGGGCUGCGAUCGUGACACCUACUCUGAGAAGUCCCUACACAAGCUGUGUGGAGCCAGCUCAGGCACCGUGGAGCUCCUGCCUGCACCCAGCACCUCAGCCAACUGGACUGUCGGAUUGCCGACUGACAACGGACAUGACAGUGACCAAGUGUUUGAGUUUAACGGCACGCAGGCCAUCAAGGUUCCUGAUGGGAUGGUGAGCACCAGCCUGAAGGAGCCUUUCACCAUCUCUGUGUGGAUGAGACAUGGGCCAGGGGCCCACGAGAAAGAGACUAUCCUCUGCAACUCAGACAAAACAGACAUGAACAGACACCACUACUCCCUGUACGUGCACAACUGCAGGUUGAUCCUCCUGCUCCGCCAGGACCCAUCUGAAGCAGAGAACUACAAACCUGCAGAGUUCCAUUGGAAACUGGAUCAGGUGUGCGACAAAGAGUGGCACCACUAUGUUCUGAAUAUUGAGUUCCCCGCUGUGACACUGUUUGUGGAUGGAACAACCUUUGAGCCCUUCCUGGUAACAGAAGACUACCCACUUCAUGCUUCCAAGAUUGACACUCAGCUGACCAUUGGGGCCUGCUGGCAAGAAACCUCAGGACAUGACAAUGACACUGAAACAGUCCCUGAGUCAACCUCAGGCGGAAAUGCUCGGAUGGCUCAGUUUUUCCGGGGGAACCUUGCAGGGCUGAUGAUUCGCUCUGGCAGGCUGGAGAACAAGAAGGUGAUUGACUGUUUGUACACAUGCAAGGAGGGUCUGGACGUGCAGCUGCCGGAGGAGGUUGCUUCAGCUGUCAAGGUUGAGUUCAACCCCAACCAGUCGUCACUGACUGUGGAGGGUGAUGACAUUGAUGCCUUUGACAAGGUCAUGCAGCACAUCUCCUACUUGAACUCCCGCCAGUUCCCAACUCCCGGAAUCAGGCACCUACGCAUCUCUACCACAGUCAAAUGUUUUAAUGAGGACUCCUGUGUGGCCGUGCCCGACGCCGAAGGCUACGUGAUGGUCCUGCAGCCUGAAGAGCCAAAGAUCAGCCUGAGUGGCAUUGACCACUUUGCUCGCAGUGCCGCUGAAUUUGAGAGUCCAGAGGGUGUGACUCUGUUCCCUGAGCUGCGUAUUGUGAGCACCAUCACCCGAGAAGUUGAAGCUGACACAGAGUCGGAAGCACCUGCUGGAGCAGAUGAUGACCCGACAGUUCAAGAAACUGUGGUGUCAGAGGAGAUCAUGCACAACCUGGACACGUGUGAAGUCUCAGCUGUCGGUGAUGAGCUGGACGCCGAGCAUGAGAGUCUGGAGGUGGACAUGUCUCAGCUGCAGCAGCACGGCCUGGAGAUGAGUUCCUCUCAUGUUGGACUGACUAUCAGCGGCGUCAACACGAUGGCCAACUAUGAGCAGGUCCUCCAUCUAAUCCGCUACAAAAACUGGCACACAGAAGCUCUGUUCGACAGGAAGUUCAAACUUGUUUGCUCAGAGCUCAAUGGCCGCUACAUCAGCAACGACUUCAAGGUUGAGGUCAAUGUCAUCCACACAGCCAAUCCGAUGGAGCAUGUGAACAAUGCCAUGGUGCAGCCCAACUUCAUCAACCCGGUGCAUCAUGCCUCCGUGGAUCUCUCCGGUCACAACCUAGUCAACGCCCAUCAGGCCUCAGUGGUUCCAAGUGCUGCCACCAUUGUUAUUGUGGUGUGCGUCAGCUUCCUGGUGUUCAUGAUCAUCCUGGGCGUGUUCCGCAUCCGAGCAGCUCACCAGCGCACCAUGAGAGACCAAGAGAGUGGCAAGGAGAAUGAGAUGGACUGGGAUGACUCCGCCCUGACCAUCACGGUCAACCCCAUGGAGACUUAUGAAGACCAGCACAGCAGCGACGAAGAGGAGGAGGAGGAGGAAGAGGAGAGUGAGGAUGGAGAGGAGGAGGAUGACAUUACAAGCGCUGAGUCAGAGAGCAGCGAUGAAGAGGAGGGUGGGGAGCAGGAGGACCAGCAGGGGGUCAGCAGACAGCAGCAGUUAGAGUGGGACGACUCCACCCUCACCUACUAGAAGAGCAAACACACACCCACACACACAUACACACUGCGCCAUUCUCAUCUGCACCACACCGUCUCAUGUCUGAGGAGCCAUGAUGUUUAAAAAAUAUCCUUCAUCGUGUAAAUGGUCCAGGUUUCCCUGUCGUCAUCAUCGUGGUGGAACUCGGUGUAGUGUCGUCAUCACAGAGUCGCUGACUUUUAUUUUCUUAUUUAUUAUAUUUGUAAUGACCAGGAAAGCUUGGCCUACUUCCGUUAUGCGUGAGAAAGACAACCCUGCACUUUCUUUGUUUCUCUCAAGGCUUUCCGAUGGAUUCAUAUUUUCUUUUUGUUUUGGUUCGCCAACUAAUUUUGUCUGCAACUAAAAUCGCGCAUUGUAGCUUCGACUUGAGUUUCUCCACAGUGAAUUGAAUUCAUGCUUAAGGCAAAUAGGCUGCUUCUUCAAUUUUGUUCAUUUAGUGCAUGAAGGUGUUUGAGACAUCCUAGGGAUUUAAAUCGCUUUUUCAAGAAUUCUGUAAAUAUUGCGAAACCAUAUGAUUAGUCGAUGUUUUAGUCACGGCCUCAUCCACAGGGUCCAAUAUCUGACAAUGUAGAAUAUUUGUGUCACAAAAAGCUGUAGCAUGUGGCUAAAUCUCUGCAUUAUACACACUUGUACAAAAACUAAUGUCUGCUAUGUGAAACCCAGGACUGUCCACCAGAGGUUUCCAUGGCAACAUGGGCUCUGCUUUCUUAUUGCGAUGAGGAAAGUUGCGUUUUUUUUUUUUUUUUGCUUUUUUUUUUCUUUGGCGUCUGCUGGUUUCAGUAGUGCUUUGCUUGCACAGACGCCGCUGUGUUUCAUUCCUCACAGAUCUCACUGUUGUACAGAUGGGAUUUGCUUUCAAACUUAAAGAUGUACAAAAAAAUGUAUUAUUUGGGACGGUACAAAUAACCAGCCAGGAGCUCUGUUGAUGUCGUGGGUGAACAUGGCUUUAUCAGAACGUACACUACAUGCAGAUUUAUUUUUUUUUGCUUCUUAAAAGCCAUUUUCUACUUUGAGUUUACGGUCUGUAAAAAACGUCCCUCUCUUUAAGAUGAAACGUUUGUUUCUUUUUACUAUUGCCUCUGUCAAUUGGAGUGUUUUCUUCAAUAUUUUAGCUGGACUAGAAUCCAUUUUGAAAAUUGAAACUUUAUUUUGGAUGCACCAUCAUCAAGAGCCAGUAUGGUAUGAAUUUUGCUUUGAGAAGGCUACAGUUGAACUCCUCUGAUCUGCAGCUCUGUUAACAACCUAUUUUGGUUCAAAAAUGAAAGAGUACUGUCGAGAUAUCCUCACACAUCUGUUUACACGUGGUAAACUCUGGGUUUUCUCCUGCUUUUUUGCUGUUGGUGUUCUGCUCUCUGUUGUAAAUAUUGUUCAUUCAUUCACCAGAAACACUAUUGGCUACCAGCUCAAGCCACCCUGCUUUCAUUCAGCAAACUAUCGCGACUUGUCAUCGGGGGGUCUUCUAAAAUGACAUUUAGCCUCUGUCAGGUUAGAGACUCCAGGUAGAGAAGCUGCUUCUUAUAGAAGGGAGCCAAGGUGCUCAUUUGAAAUGUUCUUCUCAGACAGCGUUGUUUAUCUAUUGGAGCAGAAGCAGCAGUAGUAGUGUGAAGAGCUGAGCCAGAAGACACAUUUCUCUUCACCUGUGAUCGUGAGCUCCAGCUCUGUUGAAUGAAAAGAGGACAGUCAGUGAAUGCAUGUGUUGCUUCUAUAGACAUAGAAUGAGGAGUGACAUCAUAUGGCAGAGACUAGGAUUAGAGCUACUGCUGUCUCUCCAGUUAUCUGAUAAGAAUAUGGUUUUUUGAUGGAAGCUGUUGUCAGUUUUUUCCCCAUAAUUAUUCUGUUAUUAUUAUUUAACAAUUUUUCUUCCGACUCACAGUUGUUCAUGGACAACUCAGAUUAUUUCCCAAGAUGUGAAGUUGAGCCACUGCUUACAUUGAAAUGUAAGAUUUGAAGUGAGACCUGGUGAGGCUUAGAAAUAUUUUUGGGAAAACGCUUAACUCCUUUGGGCGUGGCCUUCUGCCUGUACUGGCAACAAGCAAACAUUCACGCUCUUUAUAUGAUUAUUUUUUUUAUUUUUUAUUUUUACUCUGGAAGCAGCUAGUUGGGUACAGAGCCGGAGGACUUCCGUUCGCAUUCAGUCCAGCGCUAGUUUGAUUCAAUGUCAUGUGUCCAUGUUGAUGUGUAGACAAAGUAGAUCCAUAUUGUAUCUUCUAUAGAUAUUGUACUAAAAUCAUAUUGGCGGAAUCCACCUUUAACAAGAUGUACAGAACAUGAUGCUUCAGUGCUACAUGGGGAUACCCUUUGUGUAAAAAAAAAAUGGCCGUUCAUUUUCAAAAAAAUGUCCUUUUCGCCUGAAUUGUUGAGAAACAAUACAGAGGAGCAGCAUGAAGUUUGAUUUCUGAUCCAAUUGAAUGUCACGACAACAUGAGAAACACACUGGAGAAGGUUUUUAUGUUGCAUGAACCACGAGCGUGCGUCCGCCUUGCGAUCGGAUGCCGCGCCGGUCCUCAGAUUGUCCGUUUCUCACGUCCACCAACGUUUUUCUUUUAACAAACGUGCUGAAAAUGAAUGGUGACAAUGUUCCAGAAUGGUUGAAUGUUUUUUUUUGUCCUUUGUGUUUGUUGGAGCCGCUCUCACUUUUCUACCAGUUAAAGGUCAAUUGUAGUGAAGUUGAUGCUUGCUCAAAAACAAAAUAAAGGAUAAUAUGAUGGGAUGUCA